GAUUUAUGAAAUUUCAAUAAAUUGUUAUUGUCUGAAUUGAAACCUAAUAUCGGUAUUCUGUAUUUCUUUGUUUGUUGUUGUGUUGAAUAUAAGAUUAAAUUGUUCAUCCUAAAAGAAAAUGUCUGAACAAGAUCUAUUCACGACACGCAUGAGAAAAGCGACUCGGAAAAUACAUUCUGUCAGCGAUGCCUUGGUCAAUGCGAAAUUUGCGAUAUCGUUGAGAGACCAUACAGUAUGGGGUGGAGGCCUGUUUGUCUUCUACCAUAUUUUUGCAUAUCUUGAAGAUGCAAAAGAGAGAUUAAAUAUGCCAGAAUUUAAUAAGCUGUUUGUGCAUGAAAUUCUUUACAGAAAGAAGGCAUUUGAGCAAGAUCUGCAACACUACCUUGGUGACAACUGGAGGUCAAUACCUAAAUCCUUGGCUCUAGAGAACUAUCUACAACAUUUACAAGACCUGGAAAGAGACAAUCCCAAGCUCUUAAUGGCCUAUGUCUAUCAUUUGUAUUUAGGACUCCUGAGCGGUGGACAGAUUUUAGCCAAGAAGAGGAGGGUAUUUGGUGAAAAAAACGAACAACCAAACACAUAUUAUGUAGACAAAGUAACUGAUUUUGCUGCUGUAGACAUAAAUAAAUUGAAAAAUGAGUUCCGUGAAGCAAUGAACCAAAUAGCGACGACAAUGUCUUCAGAGGAGCAAGCGACAUUCAUAGAGGAGAGCAAUCAGGUGUUCAUUAUGAACAAUCUGAUAGUGAACUCUGUUGAGGGCCAGAAUAAGGUUCUAUAUGGCUUGUUGUGCAAAGCCUCAGCUGUAGUUUUUGUUGUUGCAAGUUUAUUGUUUGCAUAUAAGUUACACAGAGGAUAAUUUCAGCUAUGAAGUUGGUUUUGAAAAUAUUUCUAAUAUUUAAGUAGCACUUGAACUUACUUAUUUGUGUUCUUAAUAUCAUAUGACAAAGAUGUAAUUAUAACUUGCUUUACAUAUUUGGCGUGAUGUGAGCUAAAGUAAUAAAACAUGUAGAUUCCUAAUUAAAUUGUAUUAAUUUUGAUGUGUUAUUUAAAAUUAAAUUGUCAGUUCAAAAAUAAACUACU